UGUUAGUGUCACGCUAAUCGCUAUUUUGUAGUAUUCGUGAUUACAAUUGGCGAACGUUGUGGGAAAUACCAAGUGAAAUAGUGGUGAUCGAUGGCAAAGUGAACAUUUCCGUAGUUAAAACGUGAACGGGGUCGCGCGCUCCUGUAAAUCCUGGUGAUUCAUCGCGGCUUUAUAUACUUUUGUCACCAUGGACACCGACGAUGGUGAAUCUUCAAGCAGUGGACCUAUGUCCAGCUUGAACAGCUUAUUUUCGUUCACAAGUCCCGCUGUAAAGAAAUUACUGGGUUGGAAACAGGGUGAUGAAGAAGAGAAAUGGGCAGAGAAAGCUGUGGACAGCCUGGUGAAGAAACUGAAGAAACGGAAGGGAGCCAUCGAGGAGUUGGAGCGUGCGCUGUCCUGCCCCGGAACACCUUCGAAAUGCGUCACUAUACCUCGAUCGCUGGAUGGACGGUUGCAGGUCUCACAUCGCAAAGGCCUGCCACACGUGAUCUAUUGCCGCGUAUGGCGAUGGCCCGACUUGCAGAGCCAUCACGAAUUAAAACCCCUCGAAAUCUGCCAAUUCCCAUUCAGCGCCAAGCAAAAGGAGGUAUGCAUCAACCCCUACCACUAUAAACGCGUCGAAAGUCCAGUACUACCCCCUGUUCUCGUGCCCCGGCAUUCAGAAUUCGCCCCGGGGCACUCCUUACUACCCUUCCAGAGGACGACGGAACCGGCCAUGCCCCACAACGUAUCGUACUCCGGAUCUGGAUUCCCACCAUCGGCGACUUCAGAACUUCCCGACACUCCACCUCCAGCGUAUUCACCUCCAUCAGAUGAUACAGAACCCCCCGGGGAAGUAGCCCCGGUUUCGUACCAAGAACCCCUAUAUUGGGCGUCGGUAGCGUAUUACGAGCUGAACUGUCGAGUCGGUGAGGUUUUCCAUUGCAACUCCCACUCAGUAGUAGUUGACGGUUUCACCGACCCGUCAAACAAUAGCGACAGAUUUUGUCUCGGUCAACUUAGUAACGUGAAUCGGAACUCCACUAUAGAGAACACGAGGCGUCAUAUAGGUAAAGGGGUUCAUUUGUACUACGUGGGGGGCGAGGUGUACGCAGAGUGUUUGUCGGAUGCUGCGAUCUUUGUUCAGAGUCGCAAUUGUAAUCACCAUCACGGUUUCCACCCCUCGACCGUUUGCAAGAUACCGCCUGGGUGUUCUUUGAAGAUAUUCAAUAAUCGGGAGUUUGCUCAGCUCCUGUCACAGAGCGUGAAUCAUGGUUUCGAGGCGGUUUACGAGUUGACUAAGAUGUGUACUAUCAGGAUGUCGUUCGUAAAGGGCUGGGGGGCGGAGUACCACAGACAGGAUGUGACGUCAACGCCCUGCUGGAUCGAGAUCCACCUCCAUGGACCCCUCCAGUGGCUAGACAAAGUUUUGACACAAAUGGGCUCCCCCCACAACGCGAUAUCGUCUGUGUCCUAGCCGUGCCGCGGUCGAUCACCCCCCACCGUAUUUUUUUCGUAUUCUUCUAUUUCGGUUCUAAUCGCUAAUCUCACAAAAUUAAGUGCAUUUUUCGUAUAAGCUAAGAAAUAGUUAGUUUCUGAUUUUUCGUAUAUUUUUCUUUUAUUUGAAUGAAUUACUAUGUGGGAUAAUUUUUCUUAAAUGAUGUAUGAAUUUCGAUGUGAUCGGUAAUGUAUGCGUAACGUAUGACUACGUUAUUUCUGUCAGAAAAUUGUCGAUAGAUUGAUCCGAAAUGUACGAUACGCUAAAGAAUCUGUCAUUAUGUCUUAGUAACCUCUUAAGGCUUGAAAAUAAGUGUAUUGAUAUACAAAACUUAAAUUUUGAUCACGAGAAAGUGUUAGACGGAUAUAUUUGCGCUAUCGACACUCUUCGACAACUUACAUGUACUAAUAAUUAAUACAAAACUAUUAUCCCACUCACCGAUCGAUUAGUCUGCCGACUAAAUCGUUAGUCGGUAAAAUUGUCGCCCGAUAGUAUAUAUACUCUUUUGAGAUGGUACUUCAUACAGGUAACAUUCGAUGCAGUUAAGUAACAAUUUGUUUGCCAUAUAUCGAUUUUAUAUUUUAAUAAAUAAGUGCGUAUUCAAUAUAUACGGAUAUAAAUAUGCCCAAAUAUUUUAUAUAUGUUUAAAAAAAUAAAUUGUAGCUCAAAUUAUGUGUCCAAGAUGGUAAGACGUCUCUAGGCUACUUGUUUAUAUUUGUUAUAAAGACAUUUUUAUGUGUAAUUGCAUUUUAUCUUUAGUUAAAAAGCUGAAAUAUUUUCUACAGUCUAGUUCUUAAUUAAAAAAAAAAAAAACAACUUCAUUAUACUCGUUCAAUUUCGAACACAUGUUUGUAGGCAAAGUAAUCUUUUUUUUUGAGCUUUUGAGAAGCGUGGCUUCAUUCAAGAUAACAUACGUUGCCAUAAUCAAUCAUAGGUAAUAUAUAAAAUAAUAAAAUGUCGUUAAAUAGAAUACGUGACCGUUGAAUAUGAGGAAAUUAAAUGAUACAAAAAGUCAAUUCGAUUUUUUUUUAUUGACACAAGUUAUUGUUGCCAUCCCACAAAUUGUAUAAUUGUUUUCUUUAUAGUAUUGCCAUAUGAAAAAAUGUAGCAUGUCUUUAUUGUAUCACGGUUUGAUUCUAUAUUGCUUGGUAAUUUUAAAAUAUAUAAAAAUGUUAUUAAAAGGAGGGUUAAUAUGGAAAAAAAGGAUACCAUUAUUUGACUUUUUAGCUAAAGAUAAAAUGACGUUAAUUAAGAAUGUAUGAAAUGAGAAUGCUGACGAUGACAAUUUAAUAUUAUCGUUGUAAAUAGGAAUGAUAAGGGAUAGAAUCGGUCAGAUGGAUAUGGUACACCAAGGUAUUGUAAUUAUAUGAAUAGCAACAAUAUAUUAAAUGCUUCUAGUUAUCUUAAAUGCAAUUUUUUUCAUGUAUUUUGACUAACGUUUACAUUAAUUUUAAGUCAUGUGGUUCCCAAACAAAAAAUUAAGUAAGACCUUUAUUUCAGUUAUUGUAUGUAAAUAAAUAAAAGAAAUAUUCCCUUCUUUGGGGCCACGAGAACGUUUAAAAUGUGCUUUAAAUGAAGUAAAAUGAGUAGGUGUCUGAUAAAAGUGUAUUUAAUUGGGUUUUUUUUAAAGAAUUAUUUCGUUAUAUUCGUGACCGAAAUGUGAAUUUUUUUAGUUUAGUACGUUAGUGUUUGAUGUAAUAUUAAUGGCAGUUCUAAGUGUGUGCCAUCUGUAAAUUCGUUGGAGAAACUUGACUUUUAUUAAAUGGAUAAUGUUUUAUUUCGUAUUUAGGGAAAUUGAUUUUUUUUUAAUGUUAUAUUUUAUAUUUUGAUGACGGAAUUAUAAUGUAUGAUGAAGGUAUGAUAUGUAAAAAGAUUGAAUCAUUGAAACCAAAUUGGGACAUCGCGCAGACAAAAUUUCUUAUAUUGAUAUUGAUCUCAGAAUAAUACUAAGUUCUUAGUUCCUUCGUAAAUCACUGGCGUGUCCCGUGCCUUAUGAGAGUGCAUUCAAUAAAAAAAAAAAAAAAAACUUAGAAUGAAUGAUAUUACAAAAUA